AAACAAAGGAACGAGGGGCAGGACCUGUGUGGGGGACUGUUUCAGCACAACUGGAGAUACCCACAGAGAUUUUCACCUCUGAGAGAGGGAGCAGGACCCAGGACUUACUGAAGAACACCUUUUAAGACAAAAGACUGCAGACCCACAGGGAAAGAAAGGAGGAAAGCAGGAAAAAGAAGACAAAGAAGAAGAAGAGGAGGAGGCAGAGGAAAUGAUGCAGGCGCCACAGGUGUGGCACACAAAGGUGGUGCCAUCGGAGGAGGACCCGGAGAAGGCCAGGGACAGGCCAGAGUGCUCCAUCUGCUACAACACCUACGACAAUGUCUUCAAGACUCCCAAGAUGCUGGAGUGCACGCACACCUUCUGCCUGGAGUGCCUGUCGCGCGUCAUGGUGCUCUCGGUGGAGGACGAGGAUGGGCAGAUCCCGUGCCCCCUGUGCCGGCACCUGACCUCCAUCCCGCAGAACGGCACGCCCGCCCUCACCACCAGCCGGGAGGUGCUGAGCCAGCUGCCCGCGCACCAGCGGCAGGAGGAGCGGGUGUGGCUGGAGGGAAAGAAGCUCUGCUACUCCACCCCGCUGGACGCCAGCGACUCCACCACCUGCAUCUGCAUCGACAUCGGCAGCUCCAAGCAGGACAGGCCCCUGUCCCUGGGCCCAGCCCGCAGGACGGGGGUCCUGGGCCGGCUGAUGGACUGGAAGCGGCUGCUGCUGAUGGCGGUGCUGGCAGUCAUGCUGACCGGCAUUGUGCUCUGGCCACUGUACUGCAUCACCGACGGCAACGCCACGUGCUGGGAGAGCAGGCCCCGCCCGGAGGGUCACACCACCACGGCCCCUCCCUUGCCCGCGAGACCACCUCUGUGAAACUCAGGGGGGCGAUACAGAACUGUGAAGCGCUUGCGAGUAGUCACCACAGCUACACAUGUCCACGUUCUCAUCUCCCCAUUGCUAGAGCCAAACCUGGGGCUGUCCAAACAAAGAGCAAGGACUCUGUGCGAGGAUUGUGAGAGACCAAAACAAAGAAAGAGAGAGGUUUGGGGAAACCCUGACUCCUGAAGAACGGGAGAGUCAGGAUUCAAGAAGACAACUAAUAUGCUAUGGUCUCACUUAAUCAGCCAGAGACUUUCAGGCCCAUUGUAACCCCACACCUCUGAAAACUGCGUUUGUAAAGCAGUGGGGCUCACAGGAGUCAAAGGAGAGAGCUUUGCCAAGAGAGGUGGAGACCGUAAUUGAGACUCAACAUGGCCAUGAAAGCACUCCACCAGAAUCAGACGUCACAGAGUGAACAAAUGCCACUGCAGAACGACAAAUAAAAAACAAGCACAUACGAUAUAUUGUAUGAACUACAAGGGGGUUAAAUUGCAUUGUAUAUUGCAUAAUGUACUGAUGUAUUGAAAUCUGGAAUUGUAAGUUCUUAAAUUUCAGCUCUUAAAUUUCCAGAGCAACUAUGCCAAAUUAACAGGAUGAAAGUAGGUGAAAUGCAGUAGGCAGAACAAUUACAGCAGAGUAAGAACUGCAGUAUGUAAUGCUGAAUACAGCAUGCUC